UUGAGAAGCUUCAGCCUGGGUCACGGUAGGGUAUGAGCGGUCAUUGGUGAUACAGUAACUAACGAACAGCAGCACAGUGCCAUUGCACACAGCCACUCGCUGUUAUUAUAAACAAAUAAAACUUUGGAAUUGAGAGCACGGUGCAACAAGAAAGACAAAGUAACAGGCAGCUUUGAAGCUGAGUUCCGUGCUCUGUAGAAAUUGUGUAUAUAAAUUUACCUACUAUAUUUGUAUAUCCUGAAUCUCUUGGAGACUUCAAAGGAGCCGAUAACUGCAUGUGCGUGGUCACGCUGAAUACACAGCAGUGCUAAGAACCUGAAUCAGGGCUGAGGUGCGAGGAUGGGGAGGAAGAAGAUCCAGAUCUCCAGGAUAAUGGACCAGCGCAACAGACAGGUGACGUUCACGAAGCGCAAGUUCGGUCUGAUGAAGAAGGCGUACGAGCUGAGCGUGCUCUGUGACUGCGAGAUCGCACUCAUCGUCUUCAACAGCAACAACCGACUGUUCCAAUACGCCAGCACAGACAUGGACAAGGUGCUGCUGAAAUACACGGAGUACAGCGAACCGCACGAGAGCAGGACCAACACGGACAUCCUGGAGAAGUACCAUAAUGCAUUAGGAUGCAAGUUAAAAAAAAUAAUUACAGUUCAAGGAACCGUCCUUGUGAACCCGCAUUCUUGUGGUCUCGCGAAGUAUAAACGUCGUCUUGCAGAUUUCUCGUGUUUGAAUGAUGUUCUUGGUUUGUUGCAGAGGGGGCUGUACCCAGGGAUGCACACAGGAAGCCAGGUGGUUGCCACGGGGAAAGCGGGUUUAGUUGGGUACACACUGUCUGCUGCAGGGCCACCAGAAUAUUCCCAACCAGGAUUUGCCCAUUCAGUGUCACUACAACGCAAUCCAGUCAGUCCCUGGCAUCAGUCACAACACCAGGACAUGCCCGCCAUGCCACACAGCAUGGGCCAUCUUGCUUCUUACAGGAUAUCUAGCGGUGUCGGCCCCUUUCUUGGACAGAACCCGACUCCGACCCCCCCUCUCGCUACCCCUCCUCCACAGUCUCUGAGCGUCUGCAUCAAAUCAGAGCGCCUCUCUCCGGUCAACACCUGCUCCUCGGCCACGCCCCCGCAGCACCACCUCACCCGGCACUCUCCAAUCAGCAACCCCGAUUCCACAGACACCGCCCCGCUGGACAGCUACCUGGCAAAUCAGAGGGACAACUACCUGAAGGGCGGGUACUCCUGCCCACUGAUGCCUGAGGGCAAAGGAGGGCUGCCUGGCAGGAGGUUAGAAAUCACAGAGGACUGGCAGAGAUAACAGGGCCUGUCAUUUUGGUUUUAUUUUACAGGAAAACCUCUCUUAUCCAAACUGAUUGGGAUCAGGGUGCGUCCAAAACAGUGUAACUGUUCGGAUAAUCGGAUUAAAACUGUAAAACUGUUUAAAUGUCUUUUCUCAAUCAAGGAACCCCCUAUCUGUAAAUAUAUAACACACAACUAUGGCCAAACGUUUUGCAUCACGUCAUCAAAGAAAGCAGAAAAUG